AUGGACGCCUUCGGCAGCGUAGGCGCGGCGACAUCGCUGCUCGUGCAGGCAUUUCAUCUCUUCCGUCAUGUAUCCUCGGCCCGCAAGUUUGCAGAGAGCGCAGGUACUCUGUCGGCGUUAAUCGCAAUCGAGUAUUUUCGGUUUGAAACAUGGCUUCAGCAGAGCGGCUUGUUUGUCGUCGACCCGGUCUCGCGCUCCCUCGUCGUCAGCGAGAGCUCCCUGCGGCGAGCCAUCCUCGUCGCGGCCGACGCGCAGGGCCUCACAAUGGAGUACCAUCGGGUCGAGAGCCACGUGCUGACCGUCAUCAGCCAGGUUUACCAGUGUCUUCAGGCGCUCCAGAAACUGCGUGAAAAGUAUUCGCUUCAGGAUGACAAUGGCAAUGCCGACACCCCUAGCAGCCCGAGCCCUUCGGAUGUGGGCCUUGGGGCCAGGAGCGAUCUCCCCGGUAGCCUACCACUAUUCCGGAACCCGCGGGUGGCUGCUGAGGUCGCAAAGGACAUGGGCCUUCGUCAGCGCCGGGCAAAGACAACCAGCUUCUUCCGCAAAGUGACGUUCACCUGGUCGCUCAAGGACGACACCAACGACCGUGACAGGGUCAUGGCACACAUCCAGACACUUAAGUCCUGCAACGAUGCGCUCAGGGAACUCCUACCCCAGCAGCAACGGCACGCAGCAGACAGACUCAUCAAUGUAAAGGCGUUGUCGCUCUCGGAAUCGCCCUCGGAACUCAGGGGUAUUGGUGGCGCUACGUCCUCAGUGCACAACCAGCUCCACGACCAGAUCUACCAAGCCAUGAUGGUCAAGGCCCGGAGAGUAGACGAGAGCUCGCAAGACAUCUCUGCUAAAGAGCUGGAGGAGGUUGUGUUAAAUAGCGCGACGCUUAUAUUUGACAUUGAUUACUUAGGUGCGGCCACCGGUAUCUCCAAGAGGGUUAUGGCGCGGCACAAGACGUCUGAACAUGAUAUCCAAUCUGUAAUCCUUGAAUGGGUCACCUUUCCCCCGUCCCUAACAGAGGAAGACCUCGAACUUCUCAACGAGCGCUACGCCAUCCUCUGCACUCUCCUCCGCAGCGCUGGCCACCCUUACUUCCCAGCUCUCCCGCUCUGCACCGGCUUCUUCCGCCAGAGUCGAACAUCCUUCGCUCUCGUGUACCAGCUUCCGCCCUUCGCCGCUCCGUCCCAACCGCCCCGCUCUCUCUACUCCUUUCUCCCACGCAAUAAGUACUCCAUCGGAGCCGAGAAGCCUAGCACACCCUCUGGUAACAACAACAUGGUCCUCCCGUCCCUCGAACAGCGCUACGAACUGGCUGUGGCGCUCGCCGACGCUGUCCUCUCGCUCCUCAGCGUCGACUGGAUGCAUAAGACGAUUACGAGCCACAAUGUUGUCCUCUAUCAGUCCCGCGACGUCGUCCCUAUGGGAAACUUGAGCCGCAUAGGCUUUGACUCGCCGCAGCUCCUCGGGUUCGGGCUUGCGCGCCGUGAACGCCCUGGUGAGCGCACCAUUGACCUGCGAGAUGGGGGGUUGUCGCCGUGGCGGUUUUGGCAGCAUCCUGAGUUGCGGGGCGCAUCAGGACACCACCGCCGAUUUGAGCAGCGCUUCGAUAUUUUCUCGCUCGGAGUCGUGCUCUCCGAGAUCGGCACGUGGCAGGAUGCGCACUAUUACAGCUCGUCUGUAUCUGAGUCCGGGUCUGGCGCGGACGCAGGCGAGUUCCGGCGGCGGCUGUUACACGUAUGCGGGCGUGAGAUGGCCCAUCGCAUGGGCGAGGCUUACAAGGCGGCUGUCAUGGCUUGUCUGGAUGGAGACGAGAUUUGGACGGGCGCUUACGGGUCCGGAGAGGGUCAGGAAGCAGAGGAGGAUGCGAUGCAGAUGGACGAUGAGGAGAAGCGUGGAGGUAACCUGGCGGAGCUGUUUUACUUACAUGUUUAUAGCGUAUUGCGUGGGUGCUGCAAACAGGCGCAGUAA